AUGAGUCUUAAAGAGAAGGAUGUAAAAAAGUUGGUCAUGCUGGACCUUCUUCAGAUGGUUGAAGGGGAACUUAGCUCAUCCUCGGACGACGAGGAUGAGUUCCUUGAUCAGAUCUUCAACGCAGAUUCAGACAUGUUCAGAGAUUGCGUUGCUUCAAAGAGGAAAACUGGUGAUGGAAGUGGCUCUAUGCCUCCACAGAAGAUUCAGAAGGUAGUACCGCCAAGUCAAGGGAGGCAACCUGGGGGACCGAAUACACUUCCGCCAUUGACCCCCUCUUCCCUUCCUCCUUCUGCGAGCCUAACUCCUACUCACCAGGGUAGUUCGAGUGAGCUUUUUCGUGCUGUUAGCGACCUGGGCAAGGGGCUUCUUGAGGAUAUUGGCCGUGAUGCAUCGACGCUUCAAAGCCUAGACUCCUACCCUCGACUUAGUGUCGAAGUUGUCUUGAAGAGAGGACUCGCUCAAUUGAUGAAGUCACUUGUCACCAUUGGUCAUGCUCAGCUUCGAGCCGUAGAUUACAAGGAGCUGAUCAAGGUGCAGGACGAUCAACUGGUGGAGGCCAGGUCCAAGCUGGAGCAAGCAGAGAGAACUAUAGCUGAACGGGACGAGUCUCUCAAAAAGCAGGCUCAAAACAAUGCUUCCUUGACAACUCAAUUGGAGAAGCAAUCCCUUGAUAUUAAAGAGUUAGUUCGAGACAAUGAGAGGUUGAUUAGCGAGAACGAAGAGCUGAAGCAAGAAAAAGAGCUUGACUUGAUUCGCUUUGAGGAGGCCAGUUUUGACUGCUUCUAUAAGGUCUGGAAGCUGAACAAGCCUCUUAAUCUUGAUUGUUUCCCCAAGGAGGCCCAAGCAGAGGAUCUUGCCAGAUGUGAAGCAAGAGCCGCUGAAGAAGCUGCCAACCCUCCUGCACUCGCCCCAACCUGCUCUGCUAUAUCAUUUCGAGCGAGAGGAGCAGCUGAUGCAGAGGAGGGAGUCGAUCAACCCUCUAGAGGAGCUCGCCUGUGACU